AUGCGCGGCGUCGCGGCCUCCUACGACGACAAGCCGCCCCCGCCACCACUACGAUUUAGUAGUGGUUCAGGCGGUAAGGAGCAAUCGGUGGUCGGCCUGAAACCGUUACCGAAGGAGCCGUCAGAUUCCGGUAAAAAGAAGAAAAGCAUGUCAAAUCCUUUUGUAAAAAAGAAUCGCGAAAAGAAAGAAACUCCAGAGAAGCCAGUCAUUUCCGAACCAAGCAACUUUGAACAUACCGUUCAUGUUGGUUACGAUCCUGCCACGGGCGAAUUUACGGGUAUGCCUUCGGCAUGGGCACGAUUAUUAAUGGAGUCGCAAAUAUCUAAACAAGAACAACAACAAAAUCCGCAAGCUGUUCUUGAUGCCCUCAAGUACUAUACACAAGGCGAGAAUGGCACUCAACAAAAGUGGCUGCAAUAUGAUAUGAAUGAUUGCUCACCUCGGCCAUCAACUGGUGCGUCGAUUGGACUCAAGACAACGGGCUAUAGUACAUCCUCCUUACCUCAUCAUUACUCGAACACUAGUCCUUUUCAUACGCAUACCGCUCAGCCAGUGUUUCAUAGUUCAAGUAAUGAAUCGAAAAAUUCUCCUAAAAAUUCAGUACCACUUCCGAAAUCACCAUACACCCCAACAAAACCGCCCGCUCCUCAAGGAUACAGCAGUAUAAAUGAAAACCGCACAAGUAUGCCUCCAAACUAUGCCCCUCCGCCAGUGCCGGAAGAUGAAGAUCCUGCCGACUGCGCAGUGCCACCACCAAUUCCGGAUCGUCCGGCGCGUACUCUUAGCAUUUAUACAAAACCUAAGGAAGAGGAGGAGCGUGUUCCGGAUUUGUCUCAAGGCCAGUUUGGAGUGCAAUCCAGAGGUGUUGCUAAAGGAAAGAGGAAGAUGACAGAUGCAGAAGUGUUGACGAAGUUGCGAUCCAUCGUUACCAUAGGAAAUCCUGACAAGAAGUACAAAAAAAUUGACAAGAUUGGAUCAGGAGCGUCUGGUUCGGUUUACACAGCGAUGGAGAUGAGCACUGGAGCUGAGGUUGCAAUAAAACAAAUGAAUCUAAAAGAUCAACCGAAGAAAGAACUUAUUAUCAACGAAAUUCUUGUGAUGCGUGAGAAUAAGCACGCAAACAUUGUGAACUACCUCGAUUCUUACUUGGUAGGAGAAGAAUUGUGGGUGGUUAUGGAGUAUUUGGCCGGUGGAUCCCUUACGGAUGUUGUUACGGAAUGUCAAAUGGAGGAGGGAAUGAUUGCAGCUGUGUGUAGAGAAGUUCUGCAAGCUUUAGAAUUUUUACACAGUCGACACGUAAUUCACAGGGAUAUCAAAUCAGACAACAUCUUACUUGGAAUGGAUGGAUCAGUGAAAUUGACUGACUUCGGUUUCUGUGCGCAAAUUUCACCAGAACAAAAUAAGCGGACGACAAUGGUUGGAACACCGUAUUGGAUGUCUCCUGAAGUUGUAACGAGGAAACAGUACGGGCCAAAAGUGGACGUGUGGUCACUAGGUAUCAUGGCGAUUGAAAUGGUUGAAGGAGAACCUCCAUAUUUAAACGAGAAUCCUUUAAGAGCUAUUUACCUUAUCGCAACGAAUGGUAAACCUGACUUUCCUGGAAGAGAUCAGUUAUCUGCGUCGUUUAAGGACUUCAUUGACUGCGCUCUGGAAGUUGUGGUGGAUAAUCGUUGGUCAGCAAGUCAGUUACUUACACACCCGUUCCUUCGAUGUGCGAAACCAUUGGCGUCACUGUACUACCUCAUCGUUGCCGCCAAGAAAAGUAUAGCAGCGAGUUCGUAG